AUGGAUUAUCUGACGGUUGUGCUAGGAUUUCUUUUCGCCCUGACAUUUCUUCAGGGCCUGAGUUCUCUAUCAAGAAGAAGCAAAAAGCUUCCUCCAGGUCCAACCCCAUUGCCUAUCUUGGGUAACCUCCACUUACUAGGUGACCAACCCCACAAGUCCUUAGCCAAACUCGCCAAGAAACAUGGCCCACUUAUGAGUCUACAGCUUGGCCAAAUCACCACGGUCGUCAUCACCUCCGCAGGGAUGGCCAAAGAAGUUCUCCAGAAGCAAGAUUUAGCCUUCUCCAGCAGAUCAAUUCCGGAUGCCAUCCACGCCCACAGCCAAUUCCAAUAUUCCGUGGUGUGGCUCCCGGUUGCCUCCCGCUGGAGAAGCCUCCGAAAAAUCUUGAACUCCAACAUCUUUUCGGGCAACAGGCUGGAUGCUAACCAGCACCUGAGGGCUAGGAAGGUUCAGGAGCUGGUGGCCUAUUGCAGGAAGAAUUGCCAGAGCGGAGAGGCAGUGGACGUCGGGAGAGCAGCAUUCAGGACUUCCCUGAAUUUGCUGUCCAACACCCUUUUCUCUAAGGACUUGACCGACCCUUAUUCUGAUUCCGCCAAAGAGUUCAAGGACUUGGUGUGGAGCAUUAUGGUGGAGGCCGGUAAACCUAAUAUGGUUGAUUUCUUCCCUGUGCUGGAGAAACUCGAUCCUCAAGGUAUUAGGCGUCGCAUGACCAUUCAUUUUGGGAAGGUGAUCAAAAUGUUCGGUGACCUGAUAAAUGAGAGAUUGGAGGAUGGCAAGUCCGGAGGUGGAAACAGUGAUGUGCUGGAUGUCCUGCUCACCACCUGCGAAGAAUCUCCCGAAGAGAUUGACAGGACUCAUAUCGAGCGCUUGUGCUUGGACCUGUUUGUAGCCGGGACGGACACUACUUCGAACACAUUAGAAUGGGCGAUGGCAGAAUGUCUCCAGAAUCCAGAGAAAAUGAAGAAAGCAAAAGCCGAGCUCGUACAAGUCAUCGGAAAAGGAAAGCUAAUAGAAGAAGCUGAUGUUUCUCGCCUGCCUUACUUGCGAUGCAUUGUCAAAGAGACCUUAAGGUUACAUCCACCGGUUCCAUUCUUGAUUCCACGCCGAGUGGAGCAAGAUGUUGAGGUGUGUGGCUACAAUGUGCCUAAGAAUUCGCAAGUGUUAGUGAAUGCAUGGGCAAUUGGCCGUGAUGAAACUGUUUGGGAGAACGCUUUGGAAUUUAAGCCCGAGAGAUUCUUGGAGUCGGAACUUGACAUCAGGGGCCGAGAUUUUGAGCUGAUUCCCUUUGGAGCUGGCCGAAGAAUCUGCCCAGGUUUGCCAUUGGCGGUCAGGAUGGUUCCAGUAAUGCUUGGCUCGCUUCUCAAUUCAUUUGAUUGGAAGCUUGAAGGCGGGAUUGCACCAAAAGACUUGGACAUGGAGGAGAAGUUUGGCAUUACACUGCAGAAGGCCCUGCCCCUUCGAGCCGUGCCAAUCAAUCUUUGA